CUUCUCCCCAAAAUCUCCGUCGAGCAAAACCCUAAAACUCUCGCCCUGCAAAAAACCAGUGAAAAUGUCGAGCACCUGAAGCUCCUUCUCUCUCUCUCUCUCUCUCUCUCUCUCUCUCUAGCUGCAGCAGCAGCAGCAGCAGCUCUGACCUCCGAAGCGGUUCGCCAUGUACCUCUACAACCUCACCCUGCAGAAGGCCACCGGCAUCGUGUGCGCCAUCAACGGCAACUUCUCCGGCGGGAAGUCCCAGGAGAUCGUCGUCGCCCGCGGCAAGAUCCUCGACCUCCUCCGCCCCGACGACAGCGGUAAGAUCCAGACCGUCCUCUCCGUCGAGAUCUUCGGGGCCGUCCGCUCCCUCGCCCAGUUCCGCCUCACCGGCGCCCAGAAGGACUACAUCGUCGUCGGCUCCGAUUCCGGCCGCAUCGUCAUCCUCGAGUUCAACCGGGAGAAGAACGUCUUCGACAAGGUCCACCAGGAGACGUUCGGCAAGUCCGGCUGCCGCCGCAUCGUGCCGGGCCAGUACCUCGCCAUCGAUCCCAAGGGGAGGGCCGUCAUGAUCGGGGCCUGCGAGAAGCAGAAGCUUGUUUACGUCCUGAACAGGGAUACGGCGGCUAGGUUGACGAUCUCGUCGCCCCUGGAGGCGCACAAGUCGCACACCAUAACGUACUCGAUCUGCGGGGUGGACUGCGGCUUCGAUAACCCGAUAUUCGCUGCAAUCGAGCUGGAUUACUUGGAGGCCGACCAGGAUUCGACCGGUCAGGCGGCGAGCGAGGCGCAGAAGCACUUGACGUUCUAUGAGCUCGACUUGGGGCUUAACCAUGUGUCGAGGAAAUGGUCCGAGCCUGUCGAUAACGGCGCUAACAUGCUCGUUACCGUGCCUGGAGGAGGCGAUGGGCCUAGCGGAGUGUUGGUAUGUGCGGAAAAUUUCGUGAUUUAUAAGAACCAGGGUCACCCGGAUGUCCGCGCGGUCAUUCCGAGACGAGCUGAUUUGCCGGCAGAACGUGGCGUGCUGAUCAUCUCGGCUGCCACGCACAAGCAGAAGUCUAUGUUUUUCUUCCUUUUGCAGACGGAGUAUGGCGAUAUAUUUAAGGCCACGUUGGAGCAUGAUGGCGAACAUGUUCAGGAGUUGAAGAUCAAGUAUUUUGAUACGAUUCCGGUUACUUCUUCGAUGUGCGUUUUGAAAUCAGGGUUUCUGUUUGCAGCAUCUGAGUUUGGAAACCAUGCUCUGUAUCAGUUCCAGGCGAUAGGUGAAGAAGCUGAUGUGGAGGCUUCGUCGGCUACGCUAAUGGAAACUGAAGAAGGUUUCCAGCCUGUGUUUUUUCAGCCUAGAGGCCUUAAAAAUCUUGUUAGGAUUGACCAGGUUGAGAGCUUGAUGCCCAUAAUGGACAUGAAAGUAGAGAACCUAUUUGAGGAAGAAACACCUCAGAUAUUCACAUUGUGUGGUCGGGGUCCUCGAUCUUCUUUGAGGAUACUGAGGCCGGGUUUGGCCAUUAGUGAAAUGGCUGUUUCACAGCUUCCUGGUGUACCGAGUGCUGUUUGGACUGUGAAGAAGAAUGCGAUUGAUGAGUUUGAUGCGUACAUUGUUGUGUCAUUUGCAAAUGCAACUCUUGUGCUUUCGAUUGGCGAGACAGUCGAAGAAGUAAGUGACAGUGGAUUUCUUGACACUACACCGUCCCUUGCAGUGUCCCUCAUCGGCGAUGAUUCUUUAAUGCAAGUUCACCCCAGCGGUAUCAGACAUAUCAGGGAAGAUGGCCGUAUUAAUGAAUGGAGAACUCCUGGCAAGAGGACUAUAGUGAAGGUUGGUUCUAACAGGCUACAAGUGGUGAUUGCUCUCAGUGGAGGUGAACUUAUAUACUUCGAGGUGGAUUUGACUGGUCAGUUGAUGGAGGUGGAGAAGCUUGAAAUGUCUGGAGAUGUGGCUUGCUUGGACAUUGCUCCUGUGCCAGAAGGAAGGCAAAGAUCUCGUUUUCUUGCAGUCGGUUCAUAUGACAACACUGUUCGGAUCUUAUCUUUGGAUCCAGAUGAUUGCUUGCAGAUUCUGAGUGUCCAGAGUGUUUCUGCAGCUCCAGAAUCUCUUCUCUUUCUUGAAGUCCAGGCAUCAAUUGGUGGGGAGGAUGGUGCUGAUCAUCCUGCCAGUCUUUUCCUCAAUGCUGGUUUAAGUAAUGGAGUUCUGUUUAGGACAGUCGUUGACAUGGUGACUGGUCAGCUUUCCGACUCUCGCUCCAGAUUUUUGGGGCUUAGAGCCCCAAAGCUCUUUUCUAUUGUCAUCAGAGGCAGGCGUGCUAUGCUUUGCUUGUCUAGUCGUCCAUGGCUAGGUUAUAUUCAUCAGGGACAUUUUCUUUUGACACCUCUUUCUUAUGAGGCUCUUGAAUUUGCUGCUUCAUUUUCAUCUGACCAAUGUGCUGAAGGUGUGGUUGCUGUGGCUGGGGAUGCAUUGAGGGUUUUCACUAUUGAGAGGUUGGGAGAAACAUUUAAUGAGACCGCAAUUCCUUUGAGGUACACUCCUAGAAAGUUUGUAUUUCAUAAAAAGAAAUCCCUGAUUAUCAUUGAAAGUGAUCAGGGGGCAUUCACUGCAGAAGAGCGUGAAGCUGGGAAAAAGGAAUUCUUUGAGGGUGCUGACAUGGGUGAAAAUGGAAAUAACAACGGUGAUCAGAUGGAAAAUGGUGGUGAUGAUGAGGACAAGAAUGAUGCUCUGUCUGAUGAACAGUACGGUUAUCCAAAGGCAGAGUCUGACAAGUGGGUUUCUUGCAUCAGAGUGCUUGACCCAAAGACAUCUAACACAACCUGUCUGUUGGAACUUCAGGACAAUGAAGCUGCAUAUAGUGUAUGCACUGUGAACUUCCGUGAGAAAGAGUAUGGAACAUUGUUGGCUGUCGGCACGGCAAAAGGAUUGCAGUUCUGGCCAAAAAGAAGUGUGGCUUCUGGAUUCAUUCAUAUUUAUAGGUUUGUGGAUGAUGGGAGAGCCCUUGAACUUUUGCACAAGACGCAAGUUGAAGGUGUUCCUCUAGCUUUAUGUCAGUUCCAGGGAAGGUUACUUGCUGGGAUAGGCUCAGUCCUGAGGCUCUAUGAUUUGGGAAAAAAAAGAUUGCUUAGAAAAUGUGAGAAUAAGUUGUUUCCCAACACAAUUGUGUCUAUUCAAACCUACCGUGAUCGAAUUUACGUGGGCGAUAUGCAAGAGUCUUUCCAUUAUUGCAAGUACCGACGAGAUGAGAACCAACUAUAUGUAUUUGCUGAUGAUUCUGUACCAAGAUGGGUUACGGCAUCACACCACAUUGAUUUUGACACUAUGGCAGGAGCAGACAAAUUUGGCAAUGUUUAUUUUGUCCGUUUACCCCAGGAUGUCUCAGAUGAGAUUGAAGAGGAUCCAACCGGUGGGAAGAUAAAAUGGGAACAGGGGAAGUUGAAUGGAGCGCCGAAUAAAGUAGAAGAGAUAGUGCAGUUUCAUGUAGGUGAUGUAGUCACUUGCUUGCAGAAGGCAUCCCUGAUUCCUGGUGGAGGAGAUUCUGUCAUCUACGGGACAGUAAUGGGGAGUUUAGGAGCGUUACUUCCAUUUACAUCUCGUGAUGAUGUUGACUUCUUCUCGCACUUGGAGAUGCAUUUGAGGCAGGAAUACCCCCCCUUGUGUGGCAGAGAUCACAUGGCUUACAGAUCUGCUUAUUUUCCUGUCAAGGACGUGAUCGACGGUGAUUUAUGCGAGCAGUUUCCAACCCUGCCUAUGGAUUUGCAAAGAAAAAUAGCUGAUGAAUUGGAUAGAACACCAGCGGAGAUCCUAAAGAAAUUGGAAGAAGUGAGAAACAAGAUUAUCUGAGAAAUGGGAUAGUCAGCCUGAAGCUCAACAUUCCAGGUUCUUCCACAUGGAUUGGUUUGUGCGAUGUGGAUGUUACGCUUGGACACGAGAUGCAUGGGAAUUGGCUUUGGGUGUAAGGAUGCUACAGCAUCGGGGUAUGAACAGGGUAAAUUGCUCGGAGAGUUUGAAGUUCCCUGUUCUUACACCUCUCGUUUCCGUUAACUGGGCUACUUAGCGAAUCUGGAUUUACUUCUGAUGAUGUAGUACUUCUCUCACUCUCUCCCCUUCUCUGUCUGUAGCAAUAUUUAUGACCUCUGGCUUAGGUUCCCUUCCUUGAAAAAGAUGCUUGUAUCUUUGAGUCGACAUGAAGUUAUAACUGGCAAAGGCUUGUUGGAACUUUUGUAAGAGAUCCAGAAAUGAAAUCAGAAUCCUGUAGAUGAUGCCAG